AUGGCCCUGCCUCCCCGCCUGCCGCCUCUAGUCCCAGCCCAGUUCCUGUUCCGGGAAGCCGCCCGCAGCUCCCGGCACUCCGGCCCGUCUUCCUUGUGGCCUUCCGACGUCACCCCGAGGCCACCACGCGCCUCACCGGCCGCGACGUCACUCAGGAGGGCGCUGCCACCCGGGCAGGGUCUGGCCCUUGGCACCCUCUCCCGGGGCUCACUCUGGAGUGGGCUGCGUGCGCGGGAAGCCCCUGCUGGGGGCGCCGGGCAGGGCGAGGAGGCAGGUCCGGCCGUGCGGCCACGUGGCCGGCGACCUGGCCUGGCCCUGCUGCCGCAGGGGCCCCGGGCCGGCCCAGCAGCUGCCGUCUGCGGCUCUUCCUCUUCCGAGGCCCUCGCCGCCGCCUCCGGCCCCCAGUCGGUGCAAGCGGGUCUCCAGGAGGACUUCCGGCGUGUCCGAGCUGGCCCCGAGGAAGACAUGUCUGACAAGAUGUCAAGCUUCCUCCACAUCGGAGACAUCUGUUCUCUGUACGCGGAGGGUUCGACCAAUGGGUUCAUCAGCACGCUGGGCCCACAGGGCUUGGGGGUGUCCGGACAGCUGCUUCCGGUCCCGCCCUCGCCUUGCGCCCCGGGUCAGGGCCCCGCCCUGCUGGCCGUGCGCCCGGCCCGCACUAGCCCUCCGCUGCUGCGACUCGCCAGCGCUGAGCCCGGCUCCAGCCCCCGCCUGGUGGACGACCGCUGCGUCGUGCAGCCUGAAGCUGGGGACCUUAACAACCCCCCCAAGAAAUUCAGAGAGCCCCUCUGCGUGCGCUUUCAAGGCGACGUCGUGCGGCUGUUCCACGCCGAGCAGGAGAAGUUCCUCACCUGCGACGAGCACCGGAAGAAGCAGCACGUCUUCCUGCGCACCACCGGCCGGCAGUCGGCCACGUCGGCCACCAGCUCCAAGGCCCUGUGGGAGGUGGAGCUGUGCCCCAUGAGCCGCUACUCCGCCCAGAAGCAGUUCUGGAAGGCCGCGAAGCCGGGCGCCGGCAGCACCACCGACGCCGUGCUGCUCAACAAGCUGCACGUGAGCGAGACGGCGCCCGCGCGUGUCCUCACCCUCCGGCCGCUCCUGACCGCGGAGGAGCCGAGCUGUGGCCACCGAGGGGGUCAGGGCGGAGCCCCCGAGGGGCGCGGUGGCCGGGGCUUCCUGGAGGGAGGGCGCGAGCCAGUGGACGUGGCCACGCCGGCCAGCAGGAGGGAAGCCGCCCCUCGCCCGCCGCAGACGCUCCCGGGCGUCUCUGCACUCCUGCGGGGUUCGCGCCGUCCAGACAGCGAGGGCGGCCGCAGCCGGGUCCUGGCCCCCAACACGCACUGUCCCUCGCUUGUUUCCACUGUAGACCCUGACUUUGAGGAAGAAUGCCUGGAGUUUCAGCCCCCCGUGGACCCCGACCAGGACGCCUCCCGGAGCCGGCUGCGCAACGCCCAGGAGAAGAUGGUGUACUCCCUGGUGUCCGUGCCCGAGGGCAACGACAUCUCCUCCAUCUUCGAGCUGGACCCCACCACCCUGCGGGGGGGCGACAGCCUCGUCCCCAGAAACUCCUACGUGCGCCUCCGACACCUGUGCACGAACACCUGGGUGCACAGCACCAACACCCCCAUCGACAAGGAGGAGGAGAAGCCGGUGAUGCUCAAGAUCGGCACCUCCCCGGUCAAGGAGGACAAGGAGGCCUUCGCCAUCGUCCCGGUCUCUCCGGCCGAGGUCCGGGACCUGGACUUCGCCAACGACGCCAGCAAGGUGCUGGGCUCCAUCGCGGGCAAGCUGGAGAAGGGCACCAUCACCCAGAACGAGCGGAGGUCCGUCACCAAGCUGCUGGAGGACCUGGUGUACUUCGUCACGGGGGGCACCAACUCGGGCCAGGACGUGCUGGAGGUCGUCUUCUCCAAGCCCAACCGCGAGCGGCAGAAGCUGAUGCGGGAGCAGAACAUCCUCAAGCUGGUCCUGUCCCGCUUCGAGUUCGAAGGCGCCGGGUCCGGGGAGAGCGCGCUGGAGGCGGGCGAGGACGAGGAGGAGGUGUGGCUGUUCUGGCGGGACAGCAGCAAGGCCGUGCGCAGCAAGAGCGUGCGGGAGCUGGCCCAGGACGCCAGGGAGGGCCAGAAGGAGGACCGCGACGUGCUCAGCUACUACAGGUACCAGCUGAACCUCUUUGCCCGGAUGUGCCUGGACCGCCAGUACCUGGCCAUCAACGAGGUCUCGGGCCAGCUGGACGUGGACCUCAUCCUGCGCUGCGUGUCGGACGAGAGCCUGCCCUACGAGCUGCGCGCCUCCUUCUGCCGCCUCAUGCUGCACAUGCACGUGGACCGCGACCCGCAGGAGCAGGUCACGCCCGUCAAGUACGCCCGCCUCUGGUCCGAGAUCCCCUCCGAGAUCGCCGUCGACGAGCGGAAGGCCUCACGCGCGGUCUCCUCCCUGGACACGCAGGUGGUCAACUUGGCCAGGAAUCUCAUCUACUUCGGCUUCUACAGCUUCUCCGACCUCCUUCGGUUAACCAAAAUCCUCCUGGCCAUCCUGGACUGUGUGCACGUGACCACCAUCUUCCCCGUCAGCAAGAUGGCGAAAGGGGAGGACAGCAAAGGUGAGGGCCGGCAGGCCCCUCUCGGGCUCCCUGGGCCAGGGCCCGCUCGGACACAGCCCUGUGCUCGCCGAGCGUCAGCCGGAGCCUCGCGGUCCUGCGAGGCCCCUGCCGCGUGCGCCCGCCAGGAGUACAUAGCCAAGCAGUUCGGCUUCAUCCCGGCGACCGACCUGCUCGCGCGUCUGCCCCCCCAGUUUAUUCUGAACGUGAGGCUGGACUACAGGAUCUCCUGCCUGCUCUGCAUCUUCAAGCGGGAGUUUGACGAAAGCAACUCGCAGACUCCGGAAACGUCCUCGGGGAGCAGCAGCCAGGAGGGGCCCAGCAGCGUGCCAGGUGCUCUUGACUUCGAACACAUCGAAGAGCAGGCGGAAGGCAUCUUCGGAGGAAGGAAACUGGUGAACUCGGGGGAGGACGUCCUGGUCUUCUACAACGACCGGGCCUCGUUCCAGACCCUGGUGCAGAUGAUGCGCUCGGAGCGGGAGCGCGCGGACGAGGACGGCCCGCUGGUCUACCACAUCCACCUGGUGGAGCUGCUGGCCGUGUGCACCGAGGGCAAGAACGUGUACACGGAGAUCAAGUGCAACUCGCUGCUGCCGCUGGACGACAUCGUCCGCGUGGUCACCCACGAGGACUGCAUCCCCGAGGGCGCCUGGCCUGUGUUCGCGGAGGACGCGCCCGUGUGGCUGUGCCACGCCAGAGCCGAGUGUGGAGACCCCGGCGUGGCCGCGCCCGCGGGCGGGCGCCAGUGUCACCGCCUCUCAGCGCCUUCCGCACUGUUGCCUGGCAACCUGUGCCGGGCCGGCUGCCCCCGCCGCCCACCGCGGCCGACGUGGGACUGGGUGCCCAGGCCGGUGCCCGCGGCCUGGUGUUCGGGACGCCUGCAGGGCGUGGGCGAGGCCUGUGGUCGCGGUCCUGGUCCAGGCCACACGUUCCGAGACCGGGCGCCCGGGGAGACGCGCACGCAGCUCUCGCUCGGGGGUUCCCGCAGGCUGCGGCGGGCACAGGCUGACGUGCGCCCGGCCCCGGCCCAGAACUUCCUGCGCUGCCAGAACAACAAGACCAACUACAACCUGGUGUGCGAGACGCUGCAGUUCCUGGACUGCAUCUGCGGCAGCACCACCGGCGGCCUGGGGCUGCUGGGCCUGUACAUCAACGAGAGGAACGUGGCGCUCAUCAACCAGACGCUGGAGAGCCUCACCGAGUACUGCCAGGGGCCCUGCCACGAGAACCAGAACUGCAUCGCCACCCACGAGUCCAACGGCAUCGACAUCAUCACGGCCCUGAUCCUCAACGACAUCAACCCGCUGGGCAGGAAGAGGAUGGACCUCGUGCUGGAGCUGAAGAACAACGCCUCCAAGCUGCUGCUGGCCAUCAUGGAGAGCAGGCACGACAGCGAGAACGCCGAGCGGGUGCUGUACAACAUGCGGCCCAAGGAGCUGGGAGAGCGGGAGGGCGGCGGGGACUCGGCAGUCGCCACCGUACAAACACCUCCCCGCGCCCAGCCGCAGCCCGAGGGCUCCGGCGCCAGCCGCCUCCGGUCUGGGCCCCAGAACCACUCAAGGGCCAGCUGGGCUCCGCCGCCCGGUGGCCUGGCACAGCCCGUGCGCCGUGGCACGCAGCCGCCACCCCCGGCCGUGGCAGUAUAG